AGGUUUGGGUUAGGCGGCCGCGCAGCGUCGGCGAGGAGCGCGGGCUGCGCAGAGGCGGGCCGGGCAGAGCGGGGCGAGCGGGAGCGCGGGCCGGGUAAGCGGCGGUGGCGGCGACCCGGGCCUCGCGGCUCAGCCCCGCAACGGAGCAGGCCUGCGCAGCGCGCGCCUCUCACCGAGCCCGACCGCUGAGCCCGCCCUGGACCGGCGAGCUCUGAUCACUGAGGCCCAGUCUGCCCUCGCGGCGCGUUCUUGAAAUCAUGAAUCCUGUUUAUAGCCCGGGUUCUUCUGGGGUACCCUAUGCAAAUGCCAAAGGAAUUGGUUAUCCAGCUGGUUUCCCAAUGGGCUAUGCAGCAGCAGCUCCUGCCUACUCCCCCAACAUGUACCCUGGAGCGAAUCCUACCUUCCAAGCAGGUUACACUCCUGGCACUCCUUACAAAGUGUCCUGUUCCCCCACCAGCGGGGCAGUGCCACCGUAUUCCUCCUCCCCCAACCCUUACCAGACUGCUGUGUACCCCGUGCGAAGUGCCUACCCCCAGCAGAGCCCGUAUGCACAGCAAGGCACGUACUACACCCAGCCCCUGUAUGCAGCACCCCCUCAUGUCAUCCACCACACCACGGUGGUGCAGCCCAACGGCAUGCCGGCGACGGUGUACCCUGCUCCCAUCCCUCCACCGAGAGGCAACGGGGUCACCAUGGGUAUGGUGGCGGGCACCACUAUGGCCAUGUCAGCGGGUACCCUGCUGACUGCCCACUCCCCAACUCCUGUUGCUCCCCACCCUGUCACUGUGCCCACGUAUCGGGCCCCAGGAACGCCCACCUACAGCUAUGUGCCCCCUCAGUGGUGAUCACCCUGCAAACGUUUGUGGAUGGAGCUGUGCAGUCACAUCAUGGAGGUUCCACAGCUGGUGCUGCAGGCCUUCUGCCUCCAACCAGGACUUUCUUCGUAAUGCUCUCGACACUUAGCUAAACACUACUGCAGCCAGCCUAGCAGGUCCCAGCGCCCUCAGUCUCCAGUGGACUCUUUGGGUUCGUCUUACAGCAGAUCCUGUUUGGUGGGCUGCCAGGCAACUUUUUAGCUAACUGUAAUGAUAAAAGGGAGUAUUAAUCUAUUCUGAAUCAUAUCUAGUUGAAUGCAUGUUAAAAAAAACACACACACACACACACAAAAAGCUUGCUCAAUCUACCUGCAGUGACUGAUGCAGAACCAUCAUAUGCAAAAUCCAAAGGAAUGGAAAAGUAUUUUACAACUUGUAUCACUAAUGCACUGUUGUAAUGUAUGCAGAGUCUUAAAGUUAUAAGUGUUAAAGUGAAUUUCUUCAUAGAGCAUCUGAGAUCUCUUCGAUGAUUCUUCAGCCUUUUGGGGUUGAGGUGGGUUGCCAGUUGGAUACGUGGACUUUGACUUUCCAGCCAUCUGUUCCUUUCACGCUGACCACAGUGAGAGAGAGUUGCAGGCACGGGGAGAGUGUGGGGAGGCCCAGCACUGCUUGGGGUGCAGCCAGGUUAAUGGCUUUCUUUCCAUUUAGGCUUGUGGGGUCUGUGUGCUGUGGAUGUUCUUAGGGAUUACCAUGAAAGAUUAGAGUAGGGUGCCAGUACAGUGAGGUGAUAUAACAGCAAAACAGUUUUCUCUAAACGCUGUCUAAAUUUUUGUUACAAAUCACUUACAGAUGGAUACAAUGUUUUCUAUAUCUUUAUUGGAAAAGUCCUUUGUAAAGCUUAAAUUUUUUUCCUGGGAUGGAAGAGAAACAGCCACACUUGGAGGAGGUAUUGGCCUCUCCUUUAUUUAGCUUAGGAAAAGUCAUCCCUAUUUUUUUUCCCCUGAGAAAUGUUUUAGUCUCCUGAAAACGUGUAGGAAUUGCUGUUCUCCCUCCCACAAGGAAGGGCAACGAUACCAGCUGUGUUACGAAGAAAGCUGUACAUUGAAGAACUGUUAAACGGGAACAAAGCUUUGACACUGAUGGUUUCUUGCAGAGAGGCAGGGCUGUGGCUGUCCUUAGGCCCCCCGCUUGAUGGGGACUUGUCCUGCGGACACUUGGAGGGGCUUGUGGAGAUGGGAGUGGGAGGGUGAGGCAGUGGCUGGCCUGUUGUCUGUGUCCCCUUCGACCAUCUCUCCUGUGGCUGAGGAGACUUGGCACAAAGCGGUGGACAGCACAGGGCCAGGCAGCAUCGAAACAGGGAUGCCAGUCAGAGCGUGUUUGCCUGUCAUUACAGAAAGGAGUUUGUGUCUAAAAUCUGAGUAUUGUACAUAAGAAGCCAAGAGGAUUUUUUUUUUUUUUUUUUUUUUUUGCUUAAAUGUCCCCAGCCUGUAUCAAUGGUUGUAUGUGUCUGCCUGUCCUCAGAUGGAGUCAGAGGGGCUGGGGGUGGUGAGGGUUUGUGGCCCUUCAGCCUGUUGGGGGUGGGGGUGCCCCACUCCACCCUGUCAUCGUUUCGAGUGCUGUGGGCCUUGGCUGGGGAGGGGACCCUAACUCUUCUUACAGCUCUGGCAGCUGAUCAGGGCUCUGGCACUGGGAUGGCAUUCAGCCCUGGUUGGUGAGUGGGACAACUGACCGCUGAGCCUUUGGUAACCGUAUUUUCUAUAGUAAGUAUUCGUCAUAGUUUUCUUUUUCACAUUUUAUUUUAUAAAAAGUUUAGGGAUAUUUUUGCAUGGAUCAUUGUAAACAGAAGAUUUAUUUCUACUGUCUGUAACAUAGUAUGUUUACUUAUAAGUACUUUAAAUUGGAGAGCACUUAACCCACCUGUGUAUGUAUGUGUUUGUGUGUGUCUGUGUGUGUAGCAGUUAUUUACCCCAGGCACACCAUGUCCACUUCAACUCAUUGUUGGUUAUUCUAUCUGUUUAGUGGGUGGUUGGUAAUGUUCUGAUGGUUCCGGGGCAGAACUGAUCGGUAGCAGAGAAGUAGGUUUCCCCAGUUUAGUGUAGUAAGUGAGUUUUGUAUAACUCUUUAAAAGUCCCAGUCUCUCUCUGUCACACACACACACACACACACACACACACACACACACCCCUGUAAGGGUUACAGUCAUUGAGUUUUGUAUAACUCUUUAAAAAGUCCCAGUCUUUCUCUGUCACACACACACACACACACACACACACACACACACACACACACACACACACACACACACACACCUGUAAGGGUUACAGUCAUUUGAAUUCAGGAGGAAGUUAUGAGGCUGUUUCUUCAGUAUUGUCUGAGACACAACACACAGGGUGAGUGUUUUCACGAGCACUGAAUUAAAUGGUGUUUUUAAGAGAAAAAAAAGAGUGGGUUGUGUUUUCUCCCCAUUUACAUCAACUUAUAAAUACUUAGCCCCCUUUAAUUUCUAAAAAAUCUUACUUCCCUUUUGUGAGGUUGAGCUGGGAAGCUUCAUCAAAUACUGCUGCAUUAUGGAAUACCUAUGUGUGGAAGUCUUUUUCAACUUUGAAACUAUCAGGGCAUCAGUUAUCAAGUAUGAAAGGUAGAGCGUGUCUAGCAGGUGAGAAUCUGGACAUAAUGAAUAGUAUAACAAAACUAUCAUAUGUUGUAAUUUUAGCAGCAUUUAGUUCCAGUAAAAUUAAGGAAUAGAGCUUCUGUAAUAAAAUGCAUAAUUUGAUAUCCUAAGCACAAUAGUAGAAUAUUCAGAGAAAUUUUGCAUUUUUCGUAUGUGACAUUCUUAAUUUGAGAGUCUUUUAGCUAAAUUACAGUUAUUUUAGAAAUUGAGACAGGCGAGUAAAGGAAUUAAUUCUGUAACAGAUACCAUCAUGGGUAUUUUUUAAAAAUUCUGUUCUAUAGCCCUCCUCUAAGGUUUAGGAGAUAUGUUUCUCUUGUUUGGAUCUGGGCCAGGUGACUGAACAUUUUCCGAUGAGUGAUGGUCCCAUCAGCUUGCUAUCUUUGAGGGGUGCAGCCAGCGUCAGGACCAGGGCCACUCAUGGUAACAAGCACAGAGGCACUUCAGGAUCUUUUAUGUCUCUUGUGUUCAGUCUUCUCUGAACAUUUUCGUUGGUUUGGUUACUAGGCCUCCCAGUUACAUUACGUGACUCUGUUUCUUGAGUGCUAUGCAAAUGCGGUGUUUAUAGGAGCCAGGGGCGGUCCUGAGCCUCAGGCUGGGAACCUGGUCAGUGUGUGCCCCCUCCCAGACCGGGCUCGUAGUGCCUCUCCCUCUGCUGGCGUUGGCACUGCACACACAGGAAGAGGAUCUGGGGGCUCGGGGUGUGCCCGUCUCGCAGUGCUGUCCUGUCACAGAGGGGCGAGAGCAUAGCUGACACUGGAUGCAUCCAUGUUGGGCCUGCUGUUUAAGAAGGAGACCCAGACUUCUUCACCUGAACUUGGUAGACAUAUGGAAACAGUAUUACUCUGACCAGUUGGGCCGCCUUCUCCCUAUCUGGCAGCUAACGGCUGGACGCCCCAGUUCUUGCCAGCCUGGGCAUCUCCCAGACAGGAUAGGACACCUGUCUGACAUCCUCUGGCCAUGCAAGGGCAGGCUUGAGGAUGUGGGGCUUGAGGUGGGGGACAGCUUCUGGCUCUUCUCUUGGUGCUUUCUAAGGAGGGGGUGUGUCUUUAGAGCGGAGUGGUUGGCAUAGGGGAAGGGCGGCCUGCGUGACUCCCUCUCUACAUUUCAAAUGUUGGCAUGUUUUUUUCUCCUGAGCUGUUUAACACUCAGCCUGAGCUUUCUGAAAGGAGCCUGCAGAUGACAUGCUACAGAGAAGGGUCUGAUCUUUUCAGGUAGAAAGUUGCAGAGUUGAUGUUUCAGAGGAUUUGUCUUUCCCUACCCUAUUGACUUGAAGAAUAGAAAACCUCUGGUGUAAUCUUAUUUGAAUCCCCAGGACCAACCUCCAGUCACUUGGGACAGAGACGGGAGAGCCUGGCACCUCUGCGCAGGGAACGUGCAGUGAGCACUGGGAGGCUGUGCUUCCAGGACGCGGGUGUUGAGAGAUGAUGAGUGUCUUACUUGGCCUCCUGAGCCCUGCUGGUCUCCUGUAGGUCCUUGUGCAGACCAGUGGUUAGCAGAAGGCCAGCUCUCCUGUGUUCCUGGGGGAUUGCUGUGAUGAUGGCCACUCAAGAGAGACCUAAGGGAGCCCCUGUUACUGACUAGGAAACGGUUGUUUUUUUUUUUGUUUUGUUUUGUUUUUUUAAUGGUUUUUGAAGACUGUUUUUUUAGACCAUUCUCUUAGUACUCUUUAAAAACUUAAGUCAACAUUGUCUUCCAGUGUUAAAGGCACUCCCCGCCUUUGCAUUGAACUAAGGUGUCAGUCGAUACAAAGGAAUGGAACAUCCAUCCUGAGCCAAUUCCAUAAUGUGUAAAUUCUUACUAUUUUAAUUUUUUAUGCAAUCUGAUGAGUAGAUGAGCUCAGAUUUAAAAUUCUUAAAAGCACGUUUAUUGUAAAUUGUUAUGUAUUAAUACUGCAGUUUUCAAUAAAGAUUGACUUGUGUUGCA